AUGGCUACUCUUUCUGAAUCUCAAUCUGUGGCUGACCAAACCACUUCAUCAGGACUACUAAACUUCAAAGAAAACCAAAAUCUCAUCUUGGAUUUCAACUCAUCCAAAUAUGGUGUCUCCCUCCAACCGAUCAUUGAGUGUCUUCGUCACUCUCCUUUGGCUCUGGCUCUCAGCAUGGCAGAGAAUGUCCCCUUGGUUCAUCUAUACAGGGCAUACUCCACUACAAAGUGGGUCACGGGCUCAGAUAGUGCAAGUAAGUUUUUCUGCACUUUUAUCUACGGACUCUACCAUGGAAUCAAGCUAGAUUAUGGUUCCAUCCUUUGGGUACAACUUGUUCAGAGUACUCUUUCCACAACACGACACUCGAAGAUUUCUUGUGCUCGGUUCUGGUCUAUCAUCGUCCAUAGAGCCAUCACUAAACUCAACAUUACGGUGAUUGAGGAAUGUAUCAUAGCAACUAUUCCAAUCUUUCAUAUUUUAAACUUCAUCAUGUCUGAUCCUACGAAGUUCAACUUUAUUGGAUCUCUUCCAGAGGCUAUGCUCAAUUGUGUUCCAAUAGACAACGAGCUAAUCAACAAGUAUCAGAAGAAACCUGCAUCAGGUCCUCACCCUUUGACAUUGAGAUGA